AACGGCUGAGAAGAAAACGCGGUCAACGCGGGCAGAUUACGACAGUGAGCGAGACCGCAGCUAAUGGGUGCCACGUUUGACAUCGUAUGUGCGUGCAAGUCCGGCGCAUGAAAAGUUUUUUUUUUUCCGUCCGUUUGGGUUUUCUCUCAUGCACGUGGAUAUCUCCUGGAGAACUGGAGCCUUUGGUCUAGCCUGUCUUGCUGCUAUACAGAAGCUUAGAAACCUGCAUCUCCGAGUAGUCAGACGCGGUCACCUUUGACAGAGUGUAAAGUAUGGAGUGAUCUAUUUCCACAACGAAAGUGCUCGCCGAAAAGCUUCUGCUUGCUUGUGUGCCCUGCUCUGGGAGCCACCAAGUACCGUAGAAAUUUGUACCAAGGGACCUGUGGCGAGCACAGCUCAGGCUGUUUUGCGGACGCAUCCAAGCGCAUUGGCAGCGGUUUCCGCUUGCCCGAAUAGUUCGACCAAGUGUGUGCGCUAAUUGUAAUUUCCUUUCAAGUAGGAAGAAAGAGCAAACGCAAAAGCAGGUAAACAAUGACUCUCGCAAAGCUAUGACGAAGUGAUGCGAAAACCGAAGACUGCCCGUACCUCACAUCUCCGGUGGGGUCUCAGUUCAGUAAAGCUGUUGCCCUUGUCGCAUGCCUAUAACCCAUUCAACUCAGCAAUGUGGUGGCGAUUCUGAAGCAAGAAACGUGUGUGGAGUGUGUGUGCCUGUCACCUUCUAUUGAGAACGUGCUUGUGUGUGCAUUGGUCGUGUGCGGAUUGCGUACAGCGUUGGCAUGGCUCCCGUCGCGCGAUGCCUUCUUCUUACCACGAACGUUACUCUAUGGACCGUCGGGGCGGUGCUGCUUUCGGCCGGUCUGCUGGCGCUACUACGACCCGACUUGGAGGUCUCGCGCGCACUGCUGGACGAUGAUAGUGGCAGACCACCCACAGAGAUCGCUUGCUUCUACGUCAUUUCCGGCUGCGUGCUGCUGCUGAUUGCCACCCUGGGUUGUGGUGGCUCGUGCGGAGAGCGGUACGGAUGGCUCGUAGUGUACGUGGGCAUGCUGUCGCUGGUGACCGUGGCACUGGUCGUCUAUCUUGCACUCCAGCUGGACGCCUGCAUCAAGGAGAGAAUAUGCACUAAGAGCUUCGACGUGCAGAAUCGCCGACACUGGAGCAUCCUGGUACAGUCGCUGGCUGUGUUCGCCCUGUUGGUGACUCUAAUCCUGGCUACGACGGUAUGCUGCAAGGCUAGGUCCCGACGGGGCUACCUGGCCGUGCCCCUUUGACAACUCUCUGAUGGUCGCCGAGGAACGUGACCGAAGGUUGCGCCCUGCAAAUGGACGUCUGCGACGGAAUGGCUGUUUGCGAGAGCUGCACCGCUCAGUGCCCGCUGUGUCAAGUGUCAUUUGUUAGGGACUUAAGCAGCCGUCGCUUAAAGAACACGUCGAACUCAUUUCUCUCUACAUGGGGACUAAAUAAAGGGAUGGGAGACUGGAGUCGCACCUUGCUGAAGAGUCCAAGUACCUGCGUCAUGGUUCAACCACGCGGUUCUCGAGAUGCCUGAACAACUUAGAGCGCAGAUGCGCAGACGGGCGAAUAAGACAUAAUGAGUAAAAGUUUAUGUGGAUAGUCUACAGCGCCGAUUGGCCUGUUCGCGGAAAUGCUCUACGGAACCACACUUGUAGAAGUAGACUAUUCGUACCUAAAGUCACAAGCAUAGCUGCUAAAAUUAAGUGUCCAUUUACUUCUCUAAAGAAAGCAGCGCUCACUCUGCUGGCGCAUUUUUGCUGCUCGCGGGACAUUGAGGGUCAGACCUCGUAAGGUGUGGGCCUUCAUAUGCGUUGAACACGUGACGUGUCUCCAGGCGUCAAGUCAUCGAGGGAUUCAAUAAAAUAGACACAAACCUGGACACCUUUCGCAUCCUUAAGUCAUUUACUGCGCAAAGCAGUAAACUAUGUACAAUCGUUUACUUUUGUUUCAAUAAAACUCAGGG